AUGAACGCUGAGACCUGCGUCUCUUACUGCGAAUCGCCGGCCGCUGCUAUGGACGCCUACUACAGCCCGGUGUCGCAGAGCCGGGAGGGCUCGUCUCCUUUCAGGGGCUUCCCAGGAGGCGACAAGUUCGGCGCCACUUUCCUGUCGGCCGCCGCCGCGGCCAAAGGACAGGGCUUCGGGGAAGCCAAGAGCCGGGCCCGCUACGGCGGCGGCGGCGGCGGCGGCGGCGCGGGGCAGCAGGACCUGGCGGCCCCGCUGGAGAGCCCCGGCGGGGCGCGGGGCUCCUUUAACAAGUUCCAGCCGCCGCCGCCGCCCACCCCGCAGCCGCCUCCCGCGCCGCCCGCGCCCCCACCGCCGGCGCAUCUCUACUUGCAGCGGGGCGCCUGCAAGACGCCCCCAGACGGCGGCCUCAAGCUCCAGGAGGGCAGCGGCGGCCACAACGCGGCCCUACAGGUCCCCUGCUACGCCAAAGAGAGCAACCUGGGCGAGCCGGAGUUGCCCCCUGACUCUGAACCCGUGGGCAUGGACAACAGCUACCUCAGUGUGAAGGAAACAGGGGCCAAGGGACCCCAGGACCGGGCUAGUGCUGAUAUCCCAAGUCCCCUAGAAAAGACCGACUCUGAGAGCAACAAGGGCAAGAAGCGGCGGAACCGAACCACCUUCACGAGCUACCAGCUGGAGGAGCUGGAGAAGGUCUUCCAGAAGACCCACUACCCUGAUGUGUAUGCGAGGGAGCAGCUGGCUAUGAGGACCGACCUCACUGAGGCCCGCGUGCAGGUUUGGUUCCAGAACCGGAGGGCCAAGUGGAGGAAGAGGGAGCGCUUCGGACAGAUGCAGCAGGUCCGGACCCACUUCUCCACGGCCUAUGAGUUGCCCCUCCUCACCCGAGCCGAGAACUAUGCCCAGAUUCAGAACCCGUCCUGGAUUGGCAACAAUGGGGCUGCCUCACCAGUGCCAGCCUGUGUGGUCCCCUGUGACCCGGUGCCUGCCUGUAUGUCCCCUCAUGCUCAUCCUCCUGGCUCGGGUGCCAGCAGCGUCUCCGACUUCUUGAGUGUCUCUGGGGCUGGCAGUCAUGUGGGCCAGACGCACAUGGGCAGCCUGUUUGGAGCAGCUGGCCUCAGUCCGGGCCUCAAUGGUUACGAGAUGAACGGCGAGCCAGACCGCAAGACCUCGAGCAUUGCUGCACUGCGCAUGAAGGCCAAGGAGCACAGUGCAGCCAUCUCUUGGGCCACAUGA